AAACGCUUGGGGCGUCACACAAAUUCAUUGUUCUUUUACGGAGCAGAAAGUGAAACCGAGACCGUGAACUGAGGUUCUUGAACGACUCCGUAGCUAAAAAAACACUCGCGGAAAUGGCGUCGGCUUCUACAUCAUCAGAAGAACAGCAGCGGCAGGAACAGCAAGUGAAGGACUGCGUUCACAGGACCAAGCUUAUUCAAUUCUUGGGACGCACCACCCCUAUCGUUCUUCAAAACGACAAUGGCCCCUGCCCUCUUCUUGCCAUCUGUAAUGUUCUUCUGCUUAGGAAUAACUUGAAUUUGAGUCCGGAUACAGUCGAAGUCUCACAGAAGAAAUUGCUCGAACUGGUUGCUGAAAGACUAACUGAUUCCAACAGUAAUCUCAAUGAUAAGGAUGCAGGCUAUGUUGAAAAUCAACAACAGAACAUUUCUGAUGCAAUUGAUCUGCUUCCUCGACUUGCAACUGGCAUUGAUGUAAAUAUAAAAUUCAGAAGUUUGCAUGAUUUUGAGUUUACUCCAGAGUGUGCCAUUUUUGAUCUACUGGACAUUUCAUUAUGUCAUGGUUGGAUAGUUGAUCCACAGGACACUGGUACUGCUAAUGCCAUUGGGUCAAAGUCAUACAAUGCUUUAACGGGAGAGCUUGUGGCCCUUGAAACACAAUAUAUGGAGGGGCUAUCACAAAAAGGUGAGCUUAUCCGGAAUUUUUUGAAAAACAAUGCUAGCCAGUUGACCAUUAAUGGCCUUUUCUGCUUACGAGAUGGUCUUAAAGAGAGUGAACUUUGUGUAUUUUUUCGUAAUAAUCACUUCAGCACCAUGUUUAAGUUUCAUGGUGAACUUUAUCUUCUAGCUACAGACCAAGGUUACAUAAAUCAGCCUGAUUUGGUGUGGGAAAAAUUAAAUGAGGUCAAUGGGGAUACUCUGUUCAUGACGGGUAACUUUAAGGAGUUCAGAGCAGAAAGUCGUGCAAAUGACACAUUGGAUGGAAAUUCUCGUAAUUCACAGCAGUCUGGCUGUUCUGAUCUACAAUUGGCAAUUGCUCUACAACAAGAGGAGUCUGAACAACAGCCUCAUCGUCGUAAUUCACAGCAGUCUGGCAAUUCUGAUCUACAAUUGGCAAUUGCUCUACAACAAGAGGAGUCUGAACAACAGCCUCAACGUCGUAAUUCACAGCGGUCUGGCAAUUCUGAUCUACAAUUGGCAAUUGCUCUGCAACAAGAGGAGUCUGAACAACAGCCUCAACGUCGUAAUUCACAGCAAUUUGGCUGUUCUGAUCUACAAUUGGCAAUUGCUUUGCAACAACAAGAGUCUGAACAACAACCUCGGCGUCGUAAUUCACAGCAGUCUGGCAAUUCUGAUCUACAAUUGGCAAUUGCUCUGCAACAACAGGAGUCUGAACAACAGCCUCACCGUCCUAGUUCAUAGCAUGUCAUCCAUUAGAGGAAAUUCUCAACACACUCCUCAAUACUUGUAAACUCUGAAGGAGCCUACUAGAAAUAUACUUGUAAACUCUGAGUAGAGUAACUUUUGUAACUCACGAUGUGUGAUUAUAAUCUCUUUUAAAAUAAAAAUUUUGUAGCUCUGUGAACAUAAGCACGUUAUUGAAUUACAUUAAUUUUUGUA